CCCACCAAACUCACACACCAACACGCACACGCACACACUCAUUUAUUACACGCCAAACGGGAAAGAUCGACGUUUCAUGCCGGAAUUCCCACUUUAGUGAAUUAAAAACUAAGAACUUUUUUUUUUUUAAACAGCUGAAUCGUCCGUCUUUAAAGUUCUUUGUGGUUUGAUCCGGACAACAAAAAGGGACUGCAUUGUUUGUUUGUUAGAUCAAACAUUUUCGGUGAACGUGGAGCUAUGUUUAGAAGAAGCAAGAGUAAAGUACUGGUGGAUUCUGCAUCAGAAGAAGACGACAUGUCCUGGCACUACCAUCACUCUUACAAGGACAAAGACAUAGAAGGAGAGGAAGAGGAGGAGGAAGCUGUCACAGCAGUAUCCAAGGAGGCCAAGGUGAAGAAUAUCAUGUCCAAGAAAGAGAGAAAGGAGAAGAAGAUGUCCUCAAAAGACGAUGAACACUUUUUGUUGACCGGAGUGACGCCGGCAGACCAAAGAGGAUCUCACAAGAAAGUCAAAGAUGACGACAAAGACAAGAAGGAAAAGCCUGAUAAAGGUCACUGUUUUUGGGAAAGCGUCACCAUGACGUUGAGGCAAAUAUCUUCCGUCAAAAAACUGGAGAAGACCGACGACUGGGAGACGCCUCGGCCUCACCGUGACUCCAGUCAGACCCACGGCGCCCCGAAGGGGGUCGUGAAAGAGGACCAAACCCGAAAAGAAGACUUGACCGAGCCUUUCUCUGACUGUUCAGACCUCCCGUUGGAGCUGGGCCAGACCGCGUGGUCCGGCCUGGAGGAGGACUCCUCUCACUACGCCAACCUGUCAGACUCCAAGGACCCCACGUGUGCUGUCCGAUGGACGGCGCGGGCCAAGGUGAAGCUGGCCGGGAUCAGCAGGAUGAGCAGAGGGAUGGCGUCGGAGAGUACGUGGGAAGGCUUGAAAUAGUCUACAUCUCCGCUUUGGUGACAUUUUGUGGCUGUCAGUUCUUCGCAGGACUUGCGGGCAAGCAGGGUAAGCUAGUAGGAGUGUCCCGAUACCUUGAUCAUGGGCUGAUAUCAAAUAAAAUCCGAUACGAUAUCAUA